GUAUGCUAACUGAGGGGAAAACCGAGUCCCGUGACUUAGCCACAAGCUAGCCACUUCUGCUGUCUGGUUAGUAGCUUAGUGUUUACGUUCCGGUCACAAGAUUGAUUUAAAUUGAGUGAAAGAAAUGGUAAUAACGCUUCUUUAAUACAUUUAAGACGUUCACCAGUAACGCCACACCGUUCAGUAAUGCCAGAUGGACUUGUUACGAGCAGGCCUCUGCAGAAUGAGGCUACAGGCAUUGACCUACAGGUUCCACUGUAUCAGGAGUUGCGAGGUCCCAUGAUGACGGGUCAUGUGGAGUACCAGAUUGUGGUGAUCACCCGCCUUGCACCCUUCAAAUCUGCUAAACACAAACCAGGAGAUGUUAUCCAGUUUGUGGUGUCAAAGAAGUACAGUGAAAUUGAUGAGUUUUACUCCAACUUGAUUGCUCAGUAUCCCAGCGUCCAGCUGCCUGCUAUGCCCCGCAAAGCGCUCUUUGUUGGAGAAACAGAUAUCCGUGAACGACGAGUGGCCUUUGAUGAACUUGUCCGCUUUAUUUCCAAAAAUCCAACUCUCUCUACCUGUCCAGAGCUAAUGGAAUUCUUAGGAGCGAAAGGUACGCUUCAUGAUGUGAAAGCCUCCAAUACCCCUGAUGUAGUGGAGGAUGAAAAUGAAGACGAUGGGUUGGAUUUCUUUGGAAGCAAUGAGGUACCUACUGCUCAGCCUGAACGAGUGAACAAGCCUGUGAAAGUAGGAAAGACACCUGAGGAGGAGGAGGAGGAGGAGGAGGAAGAUGAAGAAGAAUUGUUUGACCCCUUAGGCAGUGUUAGGGCGAAGAAGAAGACUAAGCCUGCCAAGCCAGCACAAAAACCUGUCGCUAAACCCAAACUCACUCUGUUUGAUGAGGAGGAUGAUCCAGACAAGGAGCUUUUUCAGCCUGCGGUAAAGAGCAGUGACGUGAAAUUGUUCGAGGACCCGGAUUUAGGUGGAACGGUCUCUCUUGGAGAUUCCUUGCUGCUCCCUAAUACCUACCAGAAGAGUGAAGCCUCUACGAUCACUAAACUAGAUGAAGAUGUGGAUGAUCUCUUGAGGGUGGAGGAGGAUUUGGACAAACUUUUAGCAAUCAGUAAACCAGUGCAACCAAAGCCAGCUGUUGGCCCGAAACCAGCAGUGAAAACCAAGCCAGUAAUUCCACACAAGCCGUCGUCUGUGGCACAGACUGGUCGAGCGCCUCCUCAGCCUGCCGUGGUCCAGGCAAUGGACCAGCACGACAUCUUAAAGUAUAUCCAACAGAACGAGGCUGUGGCCAGUGAGGACCUGGACCUUUUUUAGCUUUGUUGUUCAGGGAUUUUUCAGGGUUUCAGCAUAAUGACACUAAAACAUCCUUCUGUUAAUCUUUAUCUCGGUUUAGACAUUCUCACGAGGACAGGAGUUUUUAUCUGACCUGUUGUUGUCAUCAAACUAAUAUUGGUUCUCUGACAUUGUUGAUUGUUCACCGUGAACACUAAACCAAACAGCUGAUUAUCAUGCUGGAAUUAGCCCUGUAUAAUUUUUUUUUUUUCUUUUCACAUGGAUACAAAUUAUGCAGUGCACUAAUGCACUUAUGCGCAGUUUCAAUGGACUUCAGUGUCAUUAGGACUGUAGCAUUGUUUUUGCAUAUAAUGACAUCCUGACAUUAAUCAAUUUAUAAUAUGUAAUUCAUAGUAUAAAUUGAAUGAUGGUAGAAUAUCAUUACUCACAAUGAAGGGGGAAAAAACUUAACGUUAUUCUGGCCGUAUGCACUUAUUUUGAUAAUGUACACUGAGUUGAUUUUGAUGAUGGAAUUAUGGAAAUCUUUAAUAAAGAAAAUAAAUAAUAUCGUUGUUGUUAUUUUGUUAGAUGGUAUAUAGAAAACCCUUUAAAAAAUUUUUGAUUUGUAUAAGACAUGCCAUUUCUGUAGCUGCAGAGGAUCAUUUAUAUGUUUG